UUUCGCCUAAGCCAUAGUUUAUAAAAGUAACUAACAAUUAACAACGCUUAAACCCAGUCAUCUAAUCUGUUUUCGCAGGUGAAAACAAAUGCGGGGCUUGUUUUUUGCCUAGAGCAUAGUAUUCUUUUAUUGAGGCCUUUUGAAGCAAAUGCAAUAGGCGGCACCGCUCUUCCAAGGUUCUUAUAACAUGAAUUUGACGCAGAUGAACGACAAUGAGUUGCUGGAAGACAGUCUUCAGGUAUCCUUAUUUGCCGCUGCUUCCACUUUGGGCAUAUUUGUCUCUGUAUGCAACUUUCUGGUCAUGACAACAAUUAUGAUUAACCACCAUCUCCGCAAAAAGAGCGUCUACCUUCUAAUCAAUCUGGCACUUACGGAUUUGCUCUUCGGGGCUGCCAUUGCACCUGUAGGGUGCCAGUUACUGCUGAACUAUCGAAUAAGAAGCCUCUCUUCACAAGCCAGCCAAAACAUGUUCAAAAUAUCCUCGUCCGACCCUCUCGGACCCCUGGCCCGGCUUUUUAUAUUUGUGACAUCAACGCAUUUGAUUACACUGACUUUUAUCUCGAUAGAGCGCGCAUGCGCAACUCUCUGGCCAUUACGUCACCUCAGCUUAAGUCCCCGGAUGUAUCUCAAGUGCUGCCUUAUCACGUGGGCGGCAGGUGCUGUUUACUUGUGUUUGGUGAUGGUUAAGCCUAGAGUAGUGAAUAUGAUCGCCUCUUUUGCCAGCCUGGUAUGUCUUUUUACCGUAAUGGCGUCAUAUCUUUUGAUUUUCAUCAAAGUAAAACGCCGACGUCAUCAAAACCAGAUGUCUUCAAUACAGAGAUCUAUCCAGAAGGAGCGUAGAUUAGCCGUCACGUUGCUAUUAGUAACACUGACGUCACUUGUGUCAUGGUUGCCUAGCAUUGUUUUCUGGGUACUCCAAAGUUUCCUUUCAAGAGAUUUAAACUCGUCUUCGCAUGCAGUUUUCAUCUCAAUCGGAAUUAACCCAUUACUUGAUCCUCUGAUUUAUAUGUGCCGAAUGGCCGAAAUUCGCAGGGCUAUGAAAACGCUGGUGUGCAAGUGCUCACGGGAGAGACCUGUUUAUAUACAGCCUACUGGCGCCUAGUCCUCACUCGAACAAGAAAUGUGCAAGUGCCCACGUGAUAGUCCUGUCUAUUACAAUCUGGCGUAAAGGGAAAUAAUGGGACAUAAAUCAACCUUGUGUUAAGAAGUGCUUUGUCUUACGCCUCUGUGAUUAUUUGGUCGAAAUUUGAGGAAGGAAAUUACACAAACAAUUGAAGGCAAAAACGCACCAAAAGAGACACAGAGAUGGCAGCGGCCUCACGGAAAAA